AAACUCCAAAAGAACAAAAGACCAAAAGCCCAAAAAUCAAGUAAUGGGUUCAGUGGAGGAGAUGAGGUCGCUGAGCAAGGAAGAGCAGGAGGAGGAGGAAGCAUGUAUGUUCGCCAUGCAAUUGGCCAGCUUUUCAGUGCUGCCCAUGGUUCUAAAAUCGGCGGUAGAGCUCGACCUUUUUGAGAUCAUAGCCAAAGCAGGCGCAGGAGCACAAUUGUCAACAACGGAGAUCGCCGCUCAACUGCCCACAGCAAACCCAGAAGCUCCGGUGAUGCUGGAUCGUAUGCUGCGCCUUCUGGCCAGCUACUCCAUCCUCAGCUGCUCUCAGACCACCCUCGAGGACGGCAGCCCCCAGAGGUUCUACGGUCUCGCUCCAGUCUGUAAGUUCUUGGUCAAGAACCAAGAUGGAGUCUGCCUCACUCCCUUGAUUCUGAUGAAUCAAGACAAGGUCCUCAUGGAGAGCUGGUACUACUUGAAAGAUGCAGUGUUGGAAGGUGGAAUCCCUUUCAACAGGGCCCAUGGGAUGACAUCGUUCGACUACCACGGCACAGAUCUGAGGUUUAACAAGGUUUUCAACAAUGGAAUGUCAAAUCACUCCACCAUCACGAUGAAGAAGAUCCUCGCAACCUACAAGGGCUUCGAGGGCCUCACUUCCUUGGUGGACGUGGGUGGAGGAGUGGGUGCAACACUCAGCAUGAUUGUCUCUAAGUACCCAUCCAUCAAGGGCAUCAACUUCGACUUGCCCCAUGUCCUUGCCGAUGCUCCCUCCUACACGGGCGUCGAACACGUCGGCGGUGACAUGUUUGUCAGCGUUCCCAAAGCCGAUGCUGUGUUCAUGAAAUGGAUCUGCCAUGACUGGAGCGACCAACACUGUCUUAAAUACCUCAAGAACUGCUACGAUGCUUUGCCAGAAGACGGCAAGGUCGUCGUGGUCGAUGGUCUCCUCCCGGCCACCCCAGAGACAUCACUUGCUGCCCAGAGCGAAAUCCAGAUGGACAUCAUCAUGUUGGGACACAAUCCGGGUGGCAAAGAGAGGACCCAGAGGGAGUUCGAGAUCCUGGCCAAGGGUUCAGGCUUUCCUGGCUUCCGAGUUGCCUGCUAUGCUUUCAACACUUACGUCAUGGAAUUCUUGAAGAAGGUCUGA